CGCCUCUUGGCUGAAUGGGUUGCGCCGUGCGUAAAACCCUAUUUGCAUUGGAUCAAAACUUCUUUCACUUGUUGUUAUUUUUUUUAUGUGAUACUUAAUUAAUAUUACUGAUUCGUACUCAGUCUAGUUAAUGCCGCGAUGACGCGAGAGGAAGAUCUUAAACGGAUCGCAAAAAAACUGGACAAGAUGGUGUCUAGAAAUAACAUGGACGGUGCCAUGGACUUGCUGAAGGAACUGAAGAAUUUUAACAUGACACUCAAACUUCUUCAGGAAACGAGGAUUGGCAUGUCGGUGAAUGGCAUCAGGAAGCAUUGCACGGAUGAGGAGGUCAUUGCGUUGGCGAAGGUCCUAAUUAAAGACUGGAAAAGACUUCUUGACUCAGGCCACUCUCAGAACGAGAAACCACCGGAAAUGAAGAACGGCUUUGACUCCAGCAAAACAGCAGGAUCCCCAGUCCACUCGCCCUCUGAGAGACACAGCAGGAAGGACUCCUCUGACUCCAAGCCGAGCAAUGUUGUGAAACGACACUCAACUGACUCCAAAUCUGACAGGCGGGAGUCCACUGAGUCCAAGAGGAGCAGCUCACCCUCACCAAAGAAGCUUACAGGUGAAAGGAGAGAGUCUCACGGCUCCAAGUCCUCUAACGCUGCUCCUGUGCAGAGGAAGCCUUCGACUGACAGCACAGACAGGAAGGGGAAAACUGAUGCUCCUAAAACCCCCACCACCCCGACCAGUCCCAUGUCACCCACCUUCAGUUCUGCAGGAGGCCCGUUGUCCCCACGCCUGGCCACAGGAGACUCCAUCAGAGACAAGUGCAUUGAGAUGCUGGCUGCCGCUCUGUGCACAGACAAUGACUACAAAGAAUUUGGAGCCAACUGUGAAAGUAUGGCAGCGGAGAUUGAGCAUCAUAUCUACCAGGAGAUAAAGGCCACUGAUAUGAAAUAUAAGAACAGGGUGCGUAGCCGCAUCAGUAACUUGAAGGACCCCAAGAACCCCGGGCUUCGCAGAAACGUCCUGGCAGGAGGGAUUGAGUUAAGCCGCAUUGCCACCAUGACUGCCGAGGAAAUGGCCAGUGAUGAGCUGAAACAGCUGAGGAACGUUCUGACCCAGGAGGCCAUCAGGGAACAUCAGAUGGCCAAAACCGGUGGCACCACCACCGACCUGCUGCAGUGCGGCAAGUGCAAGAAGAAGAACUGCACCUACAAUCAGGUGCAGACCCGCAGCGCUGAUGAGCCCAUGACCACGUUUGUCCUGUGCAAUGAGUGUGGGAACCGCUGGAAGUUCUGCUGAUGCCUUCCUGCUCAGACGACUAUUUUUCUGAAGUCCUGGGAAGUUAUGUGAUACUGCGGCUGGUGAUUUCACUACAUAGUAUUGUUUGUACAAUUUAUACUUGAAAAUAUAACAUUUUAAGCAUGUGAUUGUAUUCUAAAUUUAUUCAGGGUUUGCAUUACCAGGAGCUGAAGACUGUGCAUGGAUGUCUGUUUGAUUAAAUGAUGAUCAUGGUGCUGUCAUGAUGGAAAGGCUAUCAUAAUCCACUUAUUAUGUUAUGUCAUAUAACAGCAGCUGUUCACUUUGUAUAUAUUUAAUUACACCCAAACUG